CAAACAUCGAAACGUUUUUACACAGCAGAGUCGCAUAGUACGUCGCAUAACGAGCUACUCCCAUUAAACUAUUUUGUUCCUGUAUCAAAGACCGCUUAAGAAAUAAUGGGUCUCUUAUCUAUUCUGAGAAAACUACGUUCGAAUCCUGAGAAAGAAUUACGCCUUUUACUUCUUGGUUUGGAUAAUGCUGGUAAAACAACGAUUUUGAAAUCUUUAGCUAGCGAAGAUAUUACGCAGGUUACGCCCACGCAAGGUUUCAACAUCAAAAGUGUACAAAGCGAAGGAUUUAAACUAAAUGUUUGGGACAUAGGAGGUGCAAGAAAGAUUCGGCCUUAUUGGCGAAAUUAUUUCGAAAAUACCGACGUUCUCAUCUACGUUGUAGACAGUGCCGAUAUCACAAGAUUAGAAGAAACAGGACAGGAGCUUUCGGAGCUUCUGUUGGAGGAAAAGCUCUCUGGCGUUCCAUUGUUGGUAUACGCAAAUAAACAGGAUUUGGGUCAAGCUGUGACAGCUGCGGAAAUUGCAGAGGGUCUUGGACUUUACAACAUCAAAGAUCGCGAUUGGCAGAUACAAUCGUGCGUCGCAACCGAGGGAAAAGGUGUUAAGGAAGGCCUAGAGUGGGCGUGUAAAAACAUGAAAAAAAAAUAAUGAAAGAAAGAUGCUUCUGCGAUUUGUACAGCUUGUACAUUUCACUUACGUUUUAUUCAUUGCUUUUACCUAAUAUUUACAAGAAAACAUUCACAAAAUGCUCUUAUUCGUAAGUCCACUUGGAUCGCUUUAGCAUUCUCGUUUGAUCAGCGAUCAAACUUUUUGCUUCUAUGUCAACGAAGGAUUAUGACUAAUGCGCGCGUUCGAUUACUUACGAAGAAUACGUACUAGCAAUAAGUUUGAUAAUAAAGUUAAGGAGAACAAAUUA